AUGAACCUCUAUACCAACCAAAAAAAGGAAAUUAAAAUCAGAUGGCAUAAGCCUCCACUCAAAUGGUUUAAAUUGAAAAUUGAUGGUGCCUUUGAUUGCAAAAGUAAUAUAGGAGGCAUUGCAGGUCUCUUCAGGGAUCAUAAUGGCGAUUGGAUCACUGGUUAUGGAUGUAAAUGUUUUGCUAACUCUCCUCUUCAUGCAGAAUUGUUAGCUCUGGAUCAUGGAUUACAGGUUGCCAUCAAUAGAAACUUACAACCGCUGGAGAUUGAAAUUGACAGCACGGAUGUCAUUAAAGCUCUUUCUAUAGGAAAUGACACUUAUUCUUCUCUUAUCUCCUCUUGCAGAUGGUUGUUGUCCCAGUUGCAGAACAUACUGAUCAGGCAUAGCUUCAGGGAGGGAAAUCAUGCAGCACACCUUUUGGCAAAGGAAGCUUCCAAGAUGUCCCAUCUAAAUGUUAGGAAAAACUAUGCUAUUUCACCUACUAGUGUUGUUCACCAGCUAAGUUUGGAUAAGUCUAGUACUAUGUUUUAA